UUGUAUCUGUCUGGUUCUGGCUGGUUUUGGUAUCAUUAAAAAGUCUGAAAGAAAAUAAACUCCGAAUUCGAAUUAGGAAAAUGUGUGAUUUUCAUACGCUUUUCCUGUUUUUCGUAGGUUUUGUUGUUUUUCGUAAAAUUUCUUUUAAUUUUAAAAUCAGUCCAAUAGUUGCUAUUCUUGGUUUCAGAACGGAUAUUUUCAGCAUGUCAUAUGGGUUCAACAGAAUUCGACGUCUGCAUGAAGAGAGCUUUCAACAAGAUACGACCAUACUUCAAAGUGGGUAUACCCGAGAUGGGUGUGGCUCCGUUCGAUCCGCACUACGCUAAGGAAGUGAAGCAAGUAAGGGCUAUCUUAGGUAUGGGCUACACACUAACCCUUCAUGAUGUAUAUGAAAGGGGCUGGACCACAUCUACUGUCACCAAAUACAAAACCGACUGGGAUAACCAAAGAAUUAUAUACUCUCAAUAUUUCCCUGAAAAAUGGCUGGAAGGAGACUAUGAAUUUAAGGGAGACGCAUUUGGACUAGGCGCGAUACGAACUGGACGCUGGAACUUAACGCUACGCGACUACUCGCAGACUACCCGAAUCAAGCGGAACGGCGAGGGGGUCUCUGUAAACGUCGAGGUGGACCACAUAGGAGACAUGGAGAUACACGUCAGCAAUCUACUUCGGGGCAACGGCAUACUUGAAGGCAUGUUAGACCGGCUCAUCAAUUUUACCUGGAAACCAGGUUUCGCUGUGAUACGACCUUUGAUCAACGAUCUAGUAAGCACCGCCUUCACAGAUAUUUGGAGUCAAUCCUUCAAGAACUUUCCCAUUGACAAAUUCAUCAAGUAAAUGAUAUAUAUUUUUAAUUUUACUCUAAGAAAUAGAUAUGUAAGAAAAUC